AUGCUUCAAGAUGGAAAACUCCAAGGAGGUGUUUCUAUGACUAAAGGAACCGUGUUGAACAAAUCGCAAUCUCCUUCAACGGACAUUGAAAUUAAGCAAAUGGAAGUAGUUCCAUAUAUUUCAGCAAUUGGUUCAAUUAUGUAUGUUGUGCUAUGUACUAGACUUGACGUCUCGUAUGCUUUAAGCAUGACCAGUCAUUUUCAGCAUAGUCCUAGCAUUGCCCAUUAUGUUGCAGUAAAUAACAUUCUGAGGUACUUGAGAAGAACUAAAGAUAUGUUCUUGGUGUUUAGAGGAGUGGAAGAAGAGCUCAUGGUAAGGUGUUACACUGAUGCUAGCUUCCAAAGUGACCGAGAUGAUUCUCUCUCACAAUCAGGAUUCGUAUUCACUCUAAAUGGAGGAGCUUUCUGUUGGAAAAGCUCCAAACAGAGUGUAGUGGUGGAUUCAACCACCGAAUCCAAAUGUAUAACUACAUCAGAUGCUGCAAAAGAAUCUUCUUGGAUGAAGUAG